GUAGUACAAUAAACUCACCAUUUGCAGUGUUUAUUAAUUUUAGGUUAGGGCAGAAUUAAUGCUUUUUUCAUUCUUUUUUACUGAUAUUGCUUUAAUUAUGCGAUACACAAACUAUAAUUGAAUUUGUUAUUUUAAGGUGAAAUUAACUGUCCUUAUACAUCACUGACCUUACUUUAUUUAAACUUCGUUCCGUACUUAAACUUUAUAAGUAGCCUAGUAAGUUUACUCUAUAUCUUGCUGUACAUGGACAUAUUUUCUUGUUUGCUUUACCUACAUUAGUUUGUGAUGUUUUAGUUUUUUAUAGACUGAAGAAACUAUUAACAAUAUGGAACGUAAAAUAAAGUUGAAGACAUUAAACACACACAUAACUUGCGAAAUUUGCAGAGGAUACUUGGUUGAUGCUACAACGGUCACAGAAUGUCUUCAUACAUUCUGUAAAAGCUGCCUCGUAAAGCAUUUGGAAGAAAACAAUACAUGUCCACAAUGUCAACUUGUAAUACACCAGUCUCAUCCUUUGCAGUACAUCAGUUUUGACCGUACGAUGCAAGAUAUUGUCUACAAACUUGUACCCAACCUCCAAGACAAUGAAAUGAAGCGGGAGAGGGAAUUUUAUAGACUUCGAGGACUUCCUUGUCCCAAAGACAUUCUUCCCAAUGCUGGAGACACAGAUGGUGAGAAGCUAGCUGCAGACCAGGUCGCUGAGGCAGACUGUCAUCGUAUGGACGAACAGGUCAACAUCGGAUUAGAAUGUAUGGUUGCCAAUCUGAAAACUUUAAAAAGAAAGUUCGUCAGAGUUUCAUCACAAGCAACAAUCACACAUUUGAAAAAGUUUAUCGCCAAAAAAGUUUUGGAUGGAAUGGAAAAAUAUAAAGAUAUUGACAUCCUCUGCAACAAUGAACUGCUUGGGAAAGAUCACACUCUCAAGUUUGUGUAUGUGACUAGAUGGAGGUUUCAAGAUCCCCCUUUGCGUCUUCAGUACCGACCUAAACUGGACUUGUGAUGUUUUUAUAUCUGUGGACAUGUUUCUUCUGUAUCUGUGCUCUAAAAUCGUGAUAGUAGGUUAAUUUUCUGUACAUGAAUUCACGGGUUUGAUCGCCGGUUAUCCUAGAUUUUAAGGUAUUAAGUGUUCUGGCAUUUUUUAUUAUUUUCCAGUGUUUUGUUUUACAUGUGUGAAAUAUUUAUAUUUGUAAUUUUGUAAAAGGUUCUUAACACAGGAAUAUCUUUUUGUUAUUCUUGGAUUUGGUAAAUAGCAAUUAUAAUCUCAGAA